UAUCCCCCUCUUCCAAUCUCCUCCGCAGACACACCACCAUCGAAUACAUCGCAACCACUCGUACUGAUUUAUCCAUCCCGUCUCCCGCCAACUUCACCACGCCUCACUCACAGCACCAUGGCUUCUGCCACGGGUAUCACACAGAAAGAGGAGCUGGCCUUCCGUCAUAACACUCUCAACAAUAAGCAGUUGUCCGCACAAGAUCGCGAGGCCCUCAUCCGCUCCCAUCUUCCGCCCGAACCCAUCAACGUCUCCCACUCAUCCUCGCCUUCACCAGCUCCCUCCUCCCCGUCCCGAUCGAAGCGCUCCCGUAGCCGAUCCAACAAGCCAAAAGCUGGUCCCGUUCGGUCUUUCGUCUACUUUAUCGUAUACCAGAUUAUCGCCCUCAUCUUCUCAAUCUUCUUCCGCUUCCGACGCUCAUGGCGACUGUUCUGGUACAAGUUCCGCUCGGUCAUGGGCCACCACCACCGCUCCCCCGAGUGGAUCGUUAGCGACGUAAAGAACCUCGAACAGAUCCCCAAGCACCUUAGUGUCGUGCUCGACUAUCACGAGGAUGAUCAGGAUCAGGGUACCGCUGGUUUGGAAGGCCUCGUAAACGACGUGUGCGAGAUCGCUGCCUGGACUGCCGCCGCCGGCAUCCCGUUUCUGAGCGUCUACGAACCCACAGGCGUCCUCAAAAACUACCAUACCCAAACCUAUGCCGCUAUCCAACAAACUCUCGAAACCUACUUCGGCUCCCGCCGUCGUCCAACCCUCACUGUGAAAGCGCCUCACAUGACUUCGUACUCGCCCCCCGGCACACCUUCCUCCGAUCCCACAGAAAAUGGCUCCACCACUUCGCGCCCCCACUUGACCGUUCUCCUGCUCUCCGAGCUGGAUGGUCGCGAUACCAUUGUCGAUUUGACCGUGACGCUCGCACAAAUGGCGCAAAAGGGCGAUGUACGCAUCGACCAGAUCGACGCCAACCUCAUCGACGCCGAGCUCAACGACCACGUUAGCACCGAGCCGGAUCUGCUCAUUCUGUUUAGCCCCACAGUCGUAUUGAAGGGAUAUCCGCCGUGGCAACUAAGGUUGACCGAGAUCUUUCACCUCCCGGACAACAAAGGCGUCAACUAUCAAGUCUUUCUCCAAGCUCUCAAGAAAUUCGGAAAAGCAGAGUUUCGCAUCGGUCGCUAG